AUGAGAACUUUCAAACUAAGCAGCCUGGCAUGGAUUAUGCUCAUUGCCUUUUCUAUUUGGUCUUCGAGCUUGUUGGAGACUUGUGAAGCUAGAAAAGGCAAGCAUCAUCAAUGGAGGAAACACCGAGGGACGAAAAGGGGUAACGGGGGUCGGUGUCCGCAUCAUCAUCACCCUUCAGGCCACUCUGUGUCUGUUUUGAGAAGUGACAAUUACAUCACAGAGGAAGAUACUGAAGUGAGUGCAGCGCAGAAGAGUGGUGCCGUCUACAAUGUAUUGGACUAUGGUGCUAAAGGUGAUGGAAAGGCAGAUGACACUAAGGCGUUCGUAGCAGCGUGGGCAGCGGCGUGCAAAGUGCAAGCAUCAACUGUAACCGUUCCAUCUGGGUCUGUAUUCCUUGUCAAACCUAUCUCCUUUUCCGGCCCUAAUUGUCAACCACACAUUGUAUUUCAGCUAGACGGAAAAAUCAUAGCACCGACAGGUGCGGGAGCUUGGGGUUCAGGCCUCCUACAAUGGCUUGAGUUCACAAAGCUUCAAAGACUUACAAUCAGAGGUAAAGGAGUGAUUGAUGGACAAGGUGCAGUGUGGUGGAAUGACAGUUACAAUGGAAAAAUGCCAAGCACAAAACCAACAGCGCUUAGGUUCUAUGGAAGCAAUGGUGUGACAGUCACUGGCAUAACAAUUCAAAACAGCCCUCAAGCUCACCUCAAGUUUGACUCCUGCACAAAUGUACAAGUGUCUGCCGUAACGAUUUCAUCCCCCGGCGACAGCCCCAACACCGAUGGAAUCCACCUUCAGAACUCCCAGGACGUGGCCAUUUCUGGCGCAAGCCUUGCUUGUGGUAAUUUUCAACAUUCAAGUAUCAAGAGUAGGGGAAAUCUUGCCUUACACAAUGUAAACUGUGGACCUGGACAUGGAGUCAGUAUUGGAGGGCUAGGAAAGGAUGGCACCAAAGCUUGUGUGUCAAACAUCACCGUCCGAGAUGUUAAACUGCAAAAUACACUCAACGGAGUCAGAAUAAAGACCUGGCAGGGAGGAUCAGGGUCAGUGAAAAAUGUCAUGUUUGCAAACAUUCAAGUCUCAGAAGUUGAAUUCCCUAUAAUGAUUGAUCAAUUCUACUGCGACAAGGGGCAUUGCGCAAACAAAACCUCAGCUGUGGCCGUUUCGGGUAUAAACUAUGUAAACAUUCAAGGAACCUACACAUCGAAACCUGCACAUUUUGCAUGCAGUGACAGCAUACCAUGUACUGGUGUAUCCCUAGACACCAUACACCUAAAAUCAGUUCAAUCAGGGAAGCGCUUGUAUGACCCUUUCUGCUGGGAGGCGUAUGGAGAACUCAAGACGAACACUGUCCCACCGAUUGAUUGUUUGAUGAAAGGAAAGCCGUCUUCAAGCAGCAGCUCAAUCCAGUCUGAAGGUGGUGGCUAUUCCUGCUAAGCUUAGCCCUUACGUAAUGUAGUACUAGUCUAGGGAGCAAUUAGUAUAGAUUAUACUAUUGUAGACACGCCUUUAGGCAUUACCAGCAGUUACGUCGAAUUCACUGCUGGAAACAUUGCGAUUCAUAUAAUCAUAUACAAGUGGCCCUGGAAAUUAACUAUCAUUCUUAGAAAAUCUGCUUGGUCCUACCCGGUAAUUUCACAUAAAGCCUUUUGCAGUCCAAAUUCAUUUUGGUAGGCAUGUUCAUCGGAGUUGGGAAGGUAAUCAGAACGGUUUCAACUGAAAAUCAAGCACGCCAUAAACAGAUAAAAUUAUGGUGUUGCUGAUGUUUCUGGAAUCCUAUCCUACCUAUGAUUUCCCAAAACCAGCAGCAGCCUUUAACUUCAUCCUUUUACGGCUUUCUAUCCUUUCAGGACUUGGAAGUCCUGUCUUAUCCUCGUACUUCUUCUCUAAUG